AUGAUGGACGAGGACACCGACACGUUGAGCAGCAGCACCGUCUUCGGCCGCCUGGACAGCAUCGGCGAGGAGCCGGCCGAGGACCAGGACCACCAGGACCACCAGGACCACCAGGACACGGAUCAGGAGACCGUGGUUCGAUCUCCGCCCGGGCCGGACGAGGGGGCGCCCGCGAGCAGUGCUCUGGGGGGCUCGGAGGGGGAGUCGGCGCCGCUGUCGGCGCGCGCACCCCCAUCGACCGAGAGCGGCACUCAGCCGGCGGGCGUUGCUGCUGCUGCCAGCCCUGCCAGCCCCCUCAGUGUAGCGCGCGCCGCGGCCGGGGUCGCGCCGCCCACUCCCUUCCAGGACAGCCAAACCAGCGCGCACCGCUCCUCACCUGCCCAGUGCGCCCCCGCGGACUCCAGCCCCGCGGAGCCCGCGGAGCCCGCGGAACGCGAAGCCGCGGACGUCGCCGACCCCGCGGACACCACCUCAGCGGACCCUAGCGCCGACGCCGCGGCGCCAACCUCAGAGGCCUCCGACCCCGCCGAAACAGCCCCCGCCACCAACACCCCGUCGCCCUCUCCGUCUGAUGACGCCGGGGACACACCACCGCCCCGGGCCGUCCCGGACCAGGCCUUACAGGUGUCAUCGCCUGACCCCGGCCCCGGCCAUGCCCUCGACGUAGACCUGGACGCCUUGGGACCGCCGCCAGCCGUGAUGCGGGACAAGAAGAAGAACAAGCAGGCGGCCUGCACGUGCACGUGCGAGCAGGGCCAGUUCGCGCACGGCCCCGGGCCCGGGCCGGGCCACGGCCACAGCCACAGCCAUGGCCCCUACGGCCUCAAGUCGGCCCUCAAGCGCACCGAGAGCAGCCGGGGGCCUCGGCAGCGCGGCCGGCGAGUGCACUUCGACGAGUCGCUCAACACGUUCUUCGAGUCGGACUACGUCAUCAUCGUGCGCGAGGAGCCCGACGACGACGAGUGCGACCAGGACGGCUGCGACGGCCACUACGAGCUGUGCGGCUACUACAACAACAGCAACCCCCGCGACCCGAGGGACGCCCGGGACGCGCGGGACCGCGACCAGCAGGGCUUCCACGAGUGCGACAAUGAGUACUGCUCCGGGUACAACGCGCGCUACGAGCUGGGCCCGCACAUGCCCCACCAGAUGCACCCCAUGCCCCACCAGAUGGGCCACCAGGUGGGGCACUCCAUGGGCCACCCCAUCGGCCACGGGGAAAGCCCGUCGGUGGAGUACGCGGACCACCAGCUAACCCUCAGCCCGCCGGAGGGCUACAAAGACAGCCAACACUUCAACUUCUGCCACCGGCACCACCACCCGCACUACCCCGGCAACCAGCAGCAGACGCAGACGCCGGCGCCGACGCAGCAGCAGCAACAACAAUACCAGCAAUACCAGCAGUACCAGCAACAGGCGCAGCAGCAGCAACAAUACCAGCAGUACCAGCAGCAACAACAACAGUACCAACAGCAGCAACUGAGGCAGCAGCAACAGCAGCAGCAACAGCAACAACAACAGCAGUAUAUUCAGCAGCAACAACAACAACAGCAGCUCCCUCAACAGUCGACGUCGACGGCCAAGCCGCCUCCUCACCACAGCCAGCUGAGCAGCCAGCAGCAGCAGCUGCAGCAGCAGUUGACGCAGCAGCUGCAGGCACAGCUGCAGCAGCGCGAGGCCCGGCGCUCCGAGUCAGUUGACGGUGGGGAGGAUGCGGGGAGCGGGCUGCCGGCUUCGGCCAGGAGGCCCAGCCGGGGCUCCACGUCGGGCACGUCGAGCACGGACGCCGCGGCUACGACUUUGCCUUAAGAUUGGAGGUCGAGGUCAGUUCUCCCCGUGGACGCGAGUCAGCGUCCCACAUCACAUCCCUCCCUAAUCCGGCC